AGUGCAUCUAGGGAAGAAGAAAGGAAAGGAGAGAGGGGGACAGAAGAGGGAGUCGGGGGAGAGAGGUCCACAGAGAGGAGCGACCGGCCGGCAGCGAGGCAAGCGCCAGUCUGAAGGGGCCCCGGAGAGUCUUAAUGGAGCAUGGGCCAGGCGCUGGGAUUCUCCCACUGCAAGGAAUUUGGUUCUGUCUCUUCGACACCUGACUCCACACCUCCCUGCACUGAUGGUGGCAAUGAAGAGUCGGAUUUCCCAGAGUUGCAGACAGCACGGGAGUGGUCUGAUGAAGACGACGGUAUCGAUGACGAAGAAGGCGGGGCCAGCAGCCCAUCGGUGUGGGGGACGCCCCGACAGAACUCUUUCGAGCUCACUUUCUCAUACAUAGCCUUCUCAGAGCCGGACUUGGGCGGGGCUUCUCGAUGGGACUCGGUGGGGGGGGGUCGGCGUAGGGCGUGGGGCCGGGGAGGCCGGACGGCCCUGGCGCGUGCAGAUACCUCAGAGACACUCCCCCCUCUCGAUUCACCUCAAGAGGAAUGGAUGCCUGACUCUUUUCUACCUGAGGAAAUGGAGAUGGAGGCAGAGAUGGAGGAUGAGGCAGAGGGCACAGCUGGGGAGGAGCCUGGCCCGUCCUCAAGCCUGGAACUGACACUGCAGCCUCCACUUUCACCUCCUCCUCCGAUGGACCUUCAGGAUGAGGAGCCUGCAGAAGAGGACAGGGAGCAGGAACAGUCCUCACAAUCCCAGCAACUUGACCUCUCAGACGGACUCCAAGUUUUACAUGCCGGAGAAAGCUCUCCUGCUGCCAUGGAAACCAUAGACACACUCCUUGUAGCUGAGCAACCAGGAGGUGGGAUCACUGAUGUGACAUCAUCUACUUCGUCUUCUUCUAUUGGCCAAAGCACUCAGGAAGACCCGGGGAGUGAGCGCUUAUACUCAGAGUUAAGCCUAUCAGAGGACACAACACAGUGGACGCAGACAGAAGUCCUGGACCUGAUCUACUGGAAGGACAUGGAGCGCACAGGCGUGCUCUUCACGGGGCUGGUGGUGGGCCUGCUCUCCCUCUUCCAGCUCAGCAUCAUCACCGUGGUGUCCACCCUGUGCCUGGUCACCAUGUGCUUCACCAUCUCUGUCCGCAUCUACUACCACGUGCUGCACGCGCUGCAGUGGGGCGACGGCGUGCACCCCUUCCAGUGGUAUCUGGACUAUGACAUUAGCCUGACUGGGGAAAAGGCAGACCAUUACAUGCGGCACACCAUCGUCCUGACCUUCUCCACGUUCGCGGAGAUGAAGAGGCUCCUCUUCGUCGCCAACCUGAUCAACUCUUUGAAGUUCCUGGUGCUGGCAUACCUGCUGACGUACGUGGGAGCCAUCGUCAACGGACUAACCAUCAUGAUCAUCGGGGUCAUCUCUGUGUUCUCAGUCCCGCUGUUCUACAGACAACGCAAGGCACAGAUUGACAAUUUUCUGGCAGCGGCCAUGGCGAAUAUAGAUAAUGUCAAAGAUAUUUUUCACAGGUUGUGUCAAGGUGGGAGUCCUGGGUUGGACCACGACCCCACCCCCGGUGGAGCCAAGCCCAAAAUAAAAUAGGGAGGCGAGGUGAAGCCACAGGCUGUCACUCAGAUGUCUUAACCAGCAGCCUGUGUCCGCAUGGCCUGGGGGAGGAGUACAUGUCGGAGGGAGGGAGGGGGGAAAGGAUGAGCCUCAUAGAAAUAGAUGGUUGGGGGGGGGGGGUGUUGGAAUCUUUGGUCCUGGAGUUUCUGGUGGGAUCCAGUGGGAGUAAGAAGUUUCACUGAACCAGUGAGACAAAGAAUCACUGCUGCUCUAUGAAAAAGGCAGCUCCAGUCCUUGGCGGAAGGUCAGAACACAGGCAGGCCUGCAAGGGACCUUCAUCCAAUCAGAGAAGCCACAGCAUUAUGACAUCAUUCGGCGGUUAGCUGGGAAACUCCCUGAGCCAACGCAAGACUGGAGUCGGCUCAUGGCCGGGAAGAGGGACCGAUAAGCAGGCGAACCAUCAGGCUUCCGAGCACAGAGGUGAUGGAUUCCAGUGUGAAGCUUGGUGCGUUGGCCUGAUGUCAAGUGGGAACCUGCUGCUCUCUUAGUCUGUCACCCAAGAGUGCAAUUAAAAUACAUAAUAGUCUCCUUUUA